AUGAAGAGAAGAAGAGCCUUUGCCUGCCAAAGGAAUCGUCUAGACGUCUCUCCUAACGUAAAGCGUAGCCUGUCUCUGCUUUUGCUUAACUGACAAGGAAACCCGAAGUGGAAUAGAGGAUUAUUUCUGUUACGAACUCCAAUUUAGAAACCAAGAUCAGAGCAAGCUCAGUUUGAAUCGAAAAGGAAACCAAUUUGGAAUUUUUCGAUGGAGGGAAGAAGAGGCCGUUCGAGGGGAAUGCUGCCAUUGCUGGCGAUUCACGCUUUCAGUGAGUAUUACAGACUCGAGAGGAAGCCCCCUGUCACUGCCGGACUUGUUGCCGCCAAUACUCUCAUCUAUCUGAGGCCUGCUUUUCUUGAUUCGCUUAUCCCUUCUAUUGAUGAGGUCUGGUUCAAUCCCCACCUCAUCCUCAAGAACAAGGACUUGAAACGACUCUUUCUGUCAGCGUUUUAUCAUGUGAGUGAUUCUCACCUGGUUUACAACAUGAUGUCCCUCCUAUGGAAAGGGAUCCAAUUGGAAAACUCAAUGGGAAGUGUUGAAUUUGCAUCUAUGAUUGUUGCGCUACUUGGUAUGUCCCAAGGAAUUACAUUGUUGCUUGCCAAAUCCCUUCUCUUGUUCUUUGACUACGACAGAGCUUAUUAUUCGGAGUAUGCUGUUGGAUUCUCUGGCAUCCUCUUUGCCAUGAAAGUUGUUCUCAAUUCUCGAUCCGAUAGCCUCACUCAAGUGUAUGGACUGAUAGUACCAGCACGCCAUGCUGCAUGGGCAGAGUUGAUUCUAAUCCAGUUGUUUGUACCUGGUGUUUCCUUUCUUGGUCACCUGGGUGGAAUUCUUGCUGGGAUUCUCUAUCUGCGGUUGAAGGGUUCGUUUUCUGGUUCUGAUCCACUUACUCUACUCAUCAGAGGUUUUACCAAAGUACUAAGCUGGCCUCUGAGAUUUGUGAAGGAGUUGUUUCGGUUGCGGAGGCGUCGGAUAUCUGGCAGGGGAACUGUUGGUGGGGGUCAUAGAGGAAGGAUAGAAGCUGGGGUGUGGAGAUGCGAUGCCUGCACAUAUGAUAAUGCUGGUUGGUUAAGCGUAUGCGAGAUGUGUGGGACACCUCAGAGUGACAGUGGAUUGUUGUCUCACCAAUUUUCGCCUCAUCCUCAGGACCUUUCAUUGGAGGAACUACGUCGUCGAAGAAUUGAAAGAUUUAAUAAUAGAUGACACAUUUAAGUAAAGUUGUUGCAUGUAGAAUGCUAGUUCUUAAACCUAUAUCAGCUAUCAGCUCUCUGGCUUCAAAAUAAAUCUGAAUGCUAGUUCUUAAACCUAUAUCAGCUAUCAGCUCUCGGGCUUCAAAAUAAAUCUCACAAAAGUUUAAAAACAAGUAGGAGGGAGAAAGAACCAACUCUAAAUGCCAUGUUUCGUUGCUUGGUUAUUCAACAAAGCAUUGGUUGCAUUUUGUAAUUAUUGUUCUUUUUGGACCUUGCUCUAUGUUUAUGUGCCUAAAAAUUGAUGAGGGAGCCACAUUAUUUCUUUAAAGAACGAACGCAGGAUAUAAGUGAAGAGUCUGCCGUCUGAUAUGGAGUGGGUGACGACAUUCCCACCGAAUAGAGAAGGAUUUCUUUCUCUGUGUAAAACUUGUUAAUUUUUUGAAUUAUUAUUAUUAUAAUAUUGAUUUAGAUGUUUCAGCUU